CCCUUACAGACAGAAGUCAGCAACAUGAAGACCUUAGUUGUUUGCAUUCUCGCCCUUGGAUUAGCUAGUGCUUCAGAACAGAGGAUCAAGCGAAGUUGGUCUCAUGGAGCUGUCGUCCCAGGAGCAGCUACUCAUGGAGUUGUAGUACCCGGAGCCGUAUCCCAUGGAGUUGUUGUACCAGGAGCCGUGUCCCAUGGUGCUGUCAUCCCAGGAGCUGUCUCUCAUGGCGCUGUCAUCCCAGGAGCUGUGUCCCAUGGCGCUGUCAUACCAGGUGCCGUUUCCCACGGUGCUUCCAUCGCUGGCCCUGUGAACGGAGGUGCUGCUCUCGCUGGCCCCGUUAACGGUGGCGCUCACUUGGUCGGACCCGUCAAUGGUGGAGCAGCUAUAACUGGCCCCGUUAACGGAGGAGCACAUCUUACCGGUCCUGUUAAUGGAGGAGCACAUCUAACCGGUCCAGUCAAUGGAGGAGCUCAUCUUACCGGUCCAGUCAAUGGUGGAGCGCCCUCAGUCCAUCAUGGAGCUUACUCACCGCCCCGUUACGAGGAGCUCACCUCACUGCCCCGUCACGGAGCGCAUACCUCCGCCCUGUCACGAGGCUCACUCACCGCCCCGUCAACGGAGGCGCAUACCUCACCGCCCCUGUCAACGGAGGAGCUCACCUCACCGCCCCCGUCAACGGAGGCGCAUACCUCACCGCCCCUGUCACGGGAGCUCACUCCGCCCCGUCAACGGAGGCGCAUACCUCACCGCCCCUGUCAACGGAGGAGCUCACCUCACCGCCCCCACCUAUGGAGGAGCCCUCCUAGGAGCCCCAGUGGUGGCCUCCCCGUUGUUGGCUGCUCCAUCCCUGGCCUACGGUGGCCUCUACGCCGGACAACAUGGCCAUUGGGUGCAUUAA